AUGCCGACGUUUCAAGAAGUCGCAGAAGCUUCGGUCCAAGCCCGGGAUCGCAUCCGCCAGCAUAUAUACGAAACACCUCUUAUCCCAGCCAAGAAGAUAGGGCAGGAUUCUAACGCCAAGGUCCUUUUCAAAGCUGAAAACUUUCAACUCACUGGUUCUUUCAAACUUCGAGGCGCCGUGUCUAAGUUGUCAGUCCAUGGGCAAGGUCAAUUGAUCACUGCGUCAUCCGGGAAUCAUGGCAUUGCAAGUGCCUUGGCAUCACAGUCUUUGUCUAAGAAACUCACUGUUGUUCUUCCAAAGAUUGUGAUUCCUGCGAAGUUGAAGAAGAUCGAAGCCUACGGCGUUGAUGUCAUUCUACACGGCGCAGAGGCGGGUCUGGCAGAGCAUUAUGCGCAGCAGCUUGCAUCUUCUGGCGCUUAUACCUACGUCUCACCAUAUAACGAUCUUCAUAUCGUUGCUGGCCAAGGAACGAUUGGUCUUGAGCUUCUCGAGCAGCACGACCACAUCGACAACAUCUUUAUCUCCAUGGGCGGUGGCGGUCUGAUAAGUGGUGUUGGAUCUGUCCUUAAGGCCUUUAGCCCGCGGACAAAGGUCUACGGAGUUUCUGCUAUUCACAGCAAAGCUCUAGCUGCAUCAAUGGCUGCUGGCCACGUAGUCGAAACAGAGCAUCUUCCUACUAUAGCAGAGGCUGUGGCAGGUGGCAUAGAUGAAAACUCGAUCACUCUUGCACUGGCGAAUGCAGUGGUGGACGAGGUUAUAGAGUGUGACGAAGGCGAGAUCAUUGAAGCCUUGAAGAUGCUAGCUCUGUCGGAGAGCAUGAUUGUCGAAGGCGCUGCAGCGUUAGCUCUCGCAGGAUUUAACAAUAUCGCUCCGAAGCUCGGCGGCCAAACCAGUGUUAUUCUUUUAUGUGGGUCAAACUAUGAUCAAGAGAUGAUUAACAAGAUCAUAUUCGGCUCAUUUCCAACUCCCGAAUCAUAG